AUUCGUAUGCAUAAGUUUAAAACUCGAUUCAUAUUUUUUUUCGUUCCUUAUAAAUAUUAUAAAGACGAACGAUAUUAAAACAUUCGUAACUUAUUUUGUAGAUUUUGUAAUAAAUACAUGAAUCUGAUAAUAUAAACCUUUGAAAUAUUCAUUUUAAGAAGCUUAUCUUCGUACUAUAAUAUGAAACGAGUAGAUGACAGGAAAGAUGCGCCGAAGGUCGUAUACCUGCAUACGAAAAAUGGCGCAAAAGCACGGUACGUGGUCUUGGUAGAAACAGUAUUGACGAUAUUUACGUUCGAAGAACGAUUAAUUAAAUUAAACAUGAUGCGGUGUUCAUUGUGUUAUCAGAAAUACGUAAUUGUUAAGAGUUAAAAGGUCUGGCUGGUUGAGUUUGUCCGGCUCUCAAGAAUUUGUAUUUGUCUGUAUUCACGGAAUGUAGGUGUGGAAAGAUGAUGAUUAUUAGUUGUCAUUUUUAUGAUGGAUGCAAGUUCUGUGGAGGAUAAUGAUGUAUCUUUUCGUUUGGGGGAGAUGUUUGACAGUUACGAAGAGUUGGAACAUAAAUUGGAGAAAUUUUCAAAACGUAGUCUUGUGCAUUACUGGAGAAGAGACAGUAGAACAGUUAGCGGUGCUCAUAUGAAAACUGCAAGACCUAUUAGCGAACGUUUAAAAUAUUAUUCGGUGAAAUACGCGUGCAUCUAUGGUGGUCAAAAGUUUCUUCCACGUGGUGCUGGCAGGAGACAAUCUCAAUCAAUUAGGACCAAUUGUCCAGCACACAUUAUGCUUAGAGCAUCGAAAGAUGGAACAAAAUUGGAAGUAACUAGUGUUAAUAACGAACAUAAUCACGAAAUUUCAGAGGAAUUAUUCAAGAAUUUACCACAAGAGAGGAAACUUUGUGGUGAAAUCAAACAAGAAGUACAAGACCUCAUGCAAUUGCAUAUAGAUCGUAAAAGAUUAAAAGAAUAUGUACGUUUACGUACGAAUAAAAUAUUACGUUCGAAAGAUUUAUUUAAUAUAGCUGCAGCUAAUAAGCAAAAAAAAGACAUUACGCCUGAAAGAGCAUAUCAAUUAUUUAAAAAAAUACACGAUAUUGAAAAAAUGCAAGGUGUACAUGGCGAAAGAAAAUUAUAUUCCGAGUCAGAAGAUGAAAUUGCACAAACGAUAAAAAGAAUGAAAAAAGAACAGGAGUCAGCUUGGGGUCAGGAUGGUCUAUCGCCUGAAUUAGAAGUGAGCGAAGGAAAUGAUGGUGACGAUUCGUAUGGCGGUCAAUUGACUCAAGAAGAAGUAGUAGAUGAAAUGGAUGCAACAGAGGAUAAAUUGUUGAGAACAAAUAAUGAGGGUGAUAUAAUAACAACAAAUGGAGAGAUAGUAGGAGAAUUAGUAAUGGAAGACGGAGAUCCAUCGGUAAUAGUCGAGUCUAUUGUCAACGCGGAUGGUUCUGUUUUUGUUGAUGAACGAGAUUUUAAUACAUAUUGCAGUAAUCAUUUGUCACAUACGGUCGAUGAUAGUCAAUCUCCUAAUUCUCAAGUUUUAGAUAUAGAUGCUAUAACAUCUUCAGCAAAUAUAGAGAAAAUGACAAAAGAUCCUACAUCUAGUCAUAAAAUACAAAAUAGAUCCUUAACGUCGCAACCACAGCAAACAUCGAAAUCAGCCAAUGAUUUUAACGAAACUGCGGAUUCGAGGAUUUGGAUUAUGAAGGAGGCAACGUCUAUGGAAGCAGAAGUAGAUAGCAGUCCUGAAAGUGAAACAAAUGGAUCCAAAUGUGCUGCUAUUAUAAAAGGAGAUAUCGAUACCAACGAUGUGGUAUUAACGGAUGAGGCUAGUCAUCAAUUGUUGCAAGAACAAUUAGCUGUACUUCGUGCGGAAAGAGGAAAGUUACAUCAUGAGACUGAAAUGUUAAAACUUAAAAAAGACAAAUUAAAACUACAAAUUAAUUGUUAUACAAAUGAGUUAAAAAAGCAGGAGAUGGAGAAAGAGAAAUUAAGAUUGGAAAUUAAAUUACUUCAAUCUAAAGUAAUGGAAGAUAGUAAUGACGUGUCUCAUUAUAUUUUUGUGCCUUGAUUGUUGAGAAAUAGGUUAAUUUACUGAUAGGAUAAAUAAGGGAUAUUAGGGCGCACAAGUUAGUAUACUAAGAAGAUUACAUCUUAUUUAAUAUUAGAGAUUAUAUAAAAAUGGUUGUUAUAAUUUUACAGUAGAUAAAAUUAAAAAUAAAAAGUUUUUAUCUAUGUGGUAGAUAUUACUAUAAUAUAAUUUUAUUCUUUUUAUGAGCCACGAAAACAAUUAAUUUUUAUUUAUUUCUUUUUUUUCUUUUUCUUUACACGUAUUAUCACGUGUAUCGAUGUUAAAUAAGAUGUAUGACGAAACAUUAACAGUGUAUAGAUUCUGAAUUGGUAUUUCAUCAAUGUAUGAUAAUAUAUGAAAUAAGUUUAAGUAUUCUUCUU